AGCGACAAUCGGGAUCGGGGGGGCGGCAAGGGGGGCUCAGGGGAUCAGGGGGCAGGAUCGAGGGAUGGGGAUGAGGAACAGGGGGGAGGCCCCAAAAGGCGAUCGGGAUCGGGGAGCAGGGCGCGUUUUGAUGUCAGGUGGGACGGGGAGCCGGCGUGGCAAGCUCAGGAUAGAUCAGGGGUUGGGGGGAGAGCUCACUGACGACGAUCGGGAUCUCGGGGAGGCGAGAGGUUUAGCUCAAAAGGCGACGAUCAGGAUCAGGAGUGAGGGGAGAUUAGAUGUGGAUGAAUCGGGGUCGGGGGGGAACCGGGGGGGAACUCAACGGCGACGAUCGGGAUCAGGAGGAAGGCGAGGGGGCCCAAAUAUGGAUCAAUCGGGGUCGGGGGGGAAUUCAGAAGCGUCGAUCGGGAUCGGAGGGGUGGGGGGAGGGGGGCUCGAGGGUGACCAGGAUCAGGCGGCAGAAGGGAGGCGGGGGGCAGGAGGGGCGAUCGAGAUUGGGGGCAGGGCGAUGAUAAUCAGGGAAGAGAGCAGAGGAACGGAGGGAAGGGAAAAGGUGGAAGGAAAAGAAAUGGAGAGCGGGUGUGGGAGGAGGAGGAGAGCGGGGGGGAGACGACGGUGUUAGCUGCUGUGAGGGAUCUGGACGUACCUCCGGACCCUUUCUCUUCCUUCACCGGGAUGAAACCCAGGGCACCAAAGGAUAAAGAUCCAGUGCCAAG